AUGACGGAUUCAGAUUCCGCUUCGCGGAUGCAAGUCGACUCGUCGACGCCGGCCGGCGACAUCGACGAGUCCCUUUACAGUCGACAGCUUUACGUGCUUGGCCACGAAGCUAUGAAGCGUAUGGGAGCCUCCAACGUUCUCGUCGUCGGUCUCAAGGGCCUCGGUGUCGAGGUCGCCAAAAAUGUUGCUCUCGCCGGUGUCAAGAGCCUCACCCUUUACGAUCCCGCGCCCGUCGAGAUUGCCAAUCUCUCUUCACAAUUCUUCCUCCGUGCCGAUGAGGUCGGAAAGCCUCGCGACGAGGUCACAACCCCCAGAGUAGCCGAGCUCAAUGUCUACACUCCCGUUACCAAGCUCGCGUCCGACAGCCUUACUGCCGAUCUGUCUCAACUUGACAAGUUUCAGGUUGUCGUCCUGACCGACUCAACGCUUGAAGACCAGCUCACCAUUGGUGAAUACUGCCAUCAAAAGGGCAUCUACUUCAUCUCUGCCGAGACCCACGGUCUUUUUGCCUCUCUAUUUUGCGAUUUCGGCGACAAGUUUACCGUCACCGACGCCACCGGCGAAUCAGCCCUUUCUGGCAUCGUCGUGAAUGUUGACGAGACGGGCUUGGUUUCUGCCUUGGACGAAACCCGCCACGGCCUCGAAGACGGCGACUAUGUCACCUUUACCGAGAUCGAGGGCAUGCCAGCUCUCAACAACUGCGCCCCCGCAAAAUCACGCAAGGGCGGUUUGUGGCAGCAGGUCAAAAUGCCCAAGGUUGUCGACUUCAAAAGUAUCGCGGAGUCUCAAAAGGAUCCCGAAUUUGUCAUUUCUGACUAUGCCAAGUUUGAUCGCCCCCACCAACUACAUAUCGCCUUCCAGGCUCUGCACAAAUACCGCCAGGUGAACGGGCGCUAUCCCAAGCCUCUCGACAACGAUGAUGCCGCCGAGUUCAUCAAGCUUGCCCAGGCAGGUUUCAAGGAGGCCGGAUAUGAAGGCGACAUUAAUGAAGAUCUCUUGAAGGAGCUGAGCUACCAGGCUAUCGGAGACCUCAACCCUAUCGCUGCCUUCAUCGGUGGUAUCACGGCCCAGGAGGUUCUCAAGGCCGUGUCGGGCAAGUUCCAUCCUCUGAAGCAGUGGCUCUACUUUGAUUCACUCGAGUCGCUCCCGGCCAACAUCAAGCGCACUGCGGAGAACUGCAGGCCCCUUGGCUCGCGAUACGACGGCCAGAUUGUGGUGUUUGGCAAGGAUUUCCAGGACAAGAUUGCCAACACAAAGGAGUUCCUUGUUGGCGCUGGUGCUAUCGGUUGUGAGAUGCUCAAGAACUGGGCGAUGCUGGGUUUGGGCACCGGGCCCGAGGGUGGCUUGGUCCUUACAGACAUGGACUCGAUCGAACGCAGCAACCUUAACCGACAGUUCCUCUUCCGCGCCCACAACGUCGGGCAGAUGAAGAGCGACUCUGCAGCGGAGGCUGUCAAGCUCAUGAACCCCGACCUCGAGGGCCACAUCAAGUCUCGCAAGGACCCUGUUGGCAAGGAUACGGAGCACAUCUUUAACGAAGAUUUCUGGAAGGGGCUCGACGGUGUGACGAAUGCGCUUGACAAUGUCUCUUCUCGACAGUAUGUUGACCAGCGCUGCGUCUUCUUCCAUAAGCCCCUUCUCGAGAGCGGUACCCUCGGAACGAAGGGCAACACGCAAGUUGUCGUCCCUAACCUCACCGAGUCCUUCCCGUACCGUAUCGAGCAUACUAUCUCCUGGGCCAAGGAGCACAUCUUUGAGCCCAACUUUGUGCAGGGGCCCCUCACCGUCAACAAUUAUCUCACCCAACCCAACUUUGUGCAGAAUUCUCUCAAGCAAGGCGGAAACCAGCUUCACGUGCUCAGGACCAUCCGAGACAACCUUACCACAGAUAGGCCACGGACGUUUGAGGAUUGCAUCGCGUGGGCGAGGCUUCUGUUUGAAAGACUCUUUGUCAAUGAUAUUCAGCAGCUGCUGUACAACUUCCCCAAGGAUGCGACCACGUCUGGCGGCACGCCCUUCUGGUCCGCCCCCAAGCGUGCUCCCGACCCGCUCAAGUUCGAUCCCGCCAACCCGACCCACUUCGGCUUUAUCGAGGCUGCGGCGAACCUGCACGCCUUCAACUAUGAUAUCAAGUCGCCUGGAAACAACAAGGAGGUGUACGCGAGGGAACUAGACAACGUGAUUGUUCCCGACUUUGUUCCGGACUCCAACGUCAAGAUCCAGGCUAGUGAGAACGAACCUGAUCCGAAUGCGGACGCCAAAUUCGACGACGAGGACGAAAUUCAAAAGAUCAUUGGCGCGAUCCCUGCCGCAAGCGAGCUCUCGGGCUUCCAGCUCGUGCCAGUCGAGUUUGAGAAGGACGAUGAUACCAACCAUCACAUUGAUUUCAUCACCGCGUGCAGCAACCUUCGUGCCGAGAACUACAAGAUUGAGCAGGCUGAUAGGCACAAGACCAAGUUUAUUGCCGGCAAGAUUAUCCCUGCGAUUGCGACCACCACGGCGUUGGUGACGGGCCUUGUCGUUCUCGAGCUGUACAAGAUCAUUGACAACAGGACCAAGUUGGAGGACUACCGCAACGGCUUUAUCAACCUUGCGCUGCCAUUCUUUGGCUUCAGCGAACCGAUCCAGAGCGGCAAGGUUGUGUACAAGGGGCCUGAUGGUGACGUCUCGCUCGACAAGAUUUGGGACCGGUUCGAGAUCAAGGAUGUUACCCUCCGGGAGCUCAUUGACACCUUUGAUAAGAAGGGUCUUUCCAUCACCAUGCUCAGCUCUGGCGUUAGCUUGCUGUACGCUGCCUUUAUGCCUCAGGCGAAGAUCAAGGACAAGAUGCCCAUGAAGCUAAGCGCCCUCGUGGAGACGGUUUCGAAGAAGAAGAUUCCCGAGCAUCAAACGGAGGUCAUCUUUGAGGUUGUGGUGGAUGACGUUGCCGGAAACGAUGUCGAGGUUCCCUACAUCAAGGUUAGUCUAGAUCGGUAA